AUGGAACAAUCAGAAAAGCUCCUCUCGAACGAGAUCCGACUGUUGAACCUCCUGCCUGGCAAGUGGUCCGACCCGAUCCACUGUACAUGGCGCACCGUCUCGCUCAAUGGAAAGCCAGAAUAUAAGGCCCUAUCGUAUGUAUGGGGCCGAUCGAAACAUUCGCAACCUAUCUACCUAAAUGGUUCUCCGGUACAUAUUACUAGGCAUCUCCGACGCGCUCUACGGCAGCUACGCAGUGACAGCGAGGCUGUCUGCCUGUGGGUCGAUGCUAUCUGCAUAAACCAAUCUGAUGACGAAGAGAAGACAGAACAGGUAAAGAUGAUGGGAAACAUCUACGCUCAAUGUCAAGAGGUGGUUGUUUAUCUGGGUGAUGCCUUGGCUCCAAGCUUUUCCCAAUCUUUUAACACCCCUGCAAGGACGAGGGAUGCCAUAUCACAUACAAUGACGCCUCAUGAAUGCUACUCCACGCUGGCUUUCAAUGAGAUAGAUACGGGCCUUGUCUGGCGAAGGCCCCUGAGUCAUCAGGAUGGGAGCUAUCUUUUCUGUUUCCUUCAACUUCUAGCCGACGGAGUGGACAUGAACAGGUUUACGGCGGGCAAAGAUCAAGGUAGCUUAGACGAAAUCAUGGAAGCGUUAAGGCUAUUUCUUUCCGCAGUCACAUGGUGGAAGAGGGUCUGGGUUAUCCAAGAGGUGGUCAUCCCCAGCAGGAUUGUGAUCUUGUAUGGCUCUAUGCUUGCUCCGUGGGAGAUGUUCGUUAAGGCUGCGAACCGCGUGCAUGUCAACUCUCAGAUGGAGAUUCGCUCACUCGCAGCACACGACACGAAAGUUUUGGCUGAAUUUUCUCGGCGAAUCCUCAGCAUUGAGUCAAUCCGAACCCGAUGGCAGAGUCCUGAGCAGAUAACAUUGUUACAGCUCUUGCGUCAAUUCAGUGGCAGAGCGGCGACAGACCCAAGAGAUAAGGUCUAUGCUCUGCUCGGUCUUGCAAAGGACAAGCCUUCUGUUGAGCCUAAUUAUGCGGCCUCAGAGCUGGAGGUUUUCGUUGACACUGCUCUCGAUAUUAUAUCUAGAUCGGGGAGUCUCAGUGUAUUGAUGGGCGACUUCACAAUGAAGAACAGCCACGCACUUCCUUCGUGGGUACCUGAUUGGAGUUCACCCCUUGAGGCAUCAAUACAGAGCCGGGUAGCGAAUGUGGAACACUACACCGCAUGCAACAACACUUCAAUCUAUGUGCUACGGGAGGAAUCAGACGACCUGCUGAGAACAUACAAGUGCCGUUAUAUACUCCGAAAGAACUGCCUUGAAGUCAUGGAAAAGUACUACAGGUCUCGGGAAGGACAUAUGUGCUUGCGCGUGCAUGACCAAGGCCGUAUCUCUCUGCCGGCCUUGAUAGUUGAACCCAUUAUGGUUGUCGGAGAAGCAAUGUGGUCUGAUGCUGUAUUAGUUUCGACGAUUAGCUCGUGGCUUGCGAUAAUCACUGAAUACUCGUUCCUUCUCGAGAAGACGAUGCCCCGCGAAGACUUCGAGAGCACUAUAUUUUAUUGGACGUUGGUUGGCAAGAGAAGUACCAGACUAUAG